GUGUGUGGAAGGGGCUGUGGGAGGGUGGCCAGGGGCGGAAGGACUUGCAAGGCGGUGCUUCUUGCUCCCCAGGGCCCUCUGGCAUCCCCCCUGGAGUCCCUCUGGCCCAGUCCCCUUUCCCUUUGCCAGUCACAGCUGAAACGUCCUUCUCCUGCUGUCCUCUCCCCUGUUCCAGGCCCCAGAAGUUUCUCAUCUUCCUGCACCCAUUGCCUUUUCAUUUGUGCUUCCCUCUCCAUGGUGAGAGGAGGCGGUUUAACCUCUUUGAGCCUCAGUUUCCUUAUCCACAUGAGAUGGCUGGAUUGGGUGAUCCUGAAGGUCUGCAGGUCCUCUAGGACUUUAAGUGAUUGUCAUUCCUAUUUAGAUAUUUCCCCGGGAGGUCCUUGGAAACCUCCUAGACACUGACUGAGACUCUUUGCCAGGGGCUGGGGACUAAAGCCAGUGAAUAGUAGUGGAGAUCGGGGCACCCACAUCAGUGUGAAGAGGAGGUGGUGCCCUGCUGACCCCGCUGCUGUCUGCUUUUCCCUCAGUUUGACCCUGGGAACACAGGCUAUAUCAGCACAGGCAAGUUCCGGAGUCUUCUGGAGAGCCACAGCUCCAAGCUGGACCCUCACAAAAGGGAGGUACUCCUGGCCCUUGCCGACAGCCACGCGGAUGGGCAGAUCUGCUACCAUGAUUUUAUCAGCCUAAUGAGCAACAAGCGUUCCAACAGCUUCCGCCAAGCCAUCCUGCAGGGCAACCGCAGGCUAAGCAGCAAGGCUCUGCUGGAGGAGAAGGGGCUGAGCCUGUCUCAACGACUCAUCCGCCACGUGGCCUAUGAGACCCUGCCCCGGGAAAUUGACCGCAAGUGGUACUAUGACAGCUACACCUGCUGCCCCCCACCCUGGUUCAUGAUCACAGUCACGCUGCUGGAGGUUGCCUUUUUCCUCUACAAUGGGGUGUCGCUAGGUCAAUUUGUACUGCAGGUAACUCAUCCACGUUACUUGAAGAACUCCCUGGUUUACCACCCACAGCUGCGAGCACAGGCUUGGCGCUACCUGACAUACAUCUUCAUGCAUGCAGGGAUAGAACACCUGGGACUCAAUGUGGUGCUGCAGCUGCUGGUGGGGGUGCCCCUGGAGAUGGUGCAUGGAGCCACCCGAAUUGGGCUUGUCUACGUGGCCGGCGUUGUGGCAGGGUCCUUGGCGGUAUCUGUGGCUGACAUGACCGCUCCAGUUGUGGGCUCUUCUGGAGGGGUGUAUGCUCUCGUCUCUGCCCAUCUGGCCAACAUCGUCAUGAACUGGUCAGGAAUGAAGUGCCAGUUCAAGCUGCUGCGGAUGGCUGUGGCCCUUAUCUGUAUGAGCAUGGAGUUUGGGCGGGCUGUGUGGCUCCGUUUCCACCCGUCGGCCUAUCCCCCGUGCCCUCACCCAAGCUUCAUGGCGCACUUGGGUGGCGUGGCCGUGGGCAUCACCCUGGGCGUGGUGGUCCUGAGGAACUACGAGCAGAGGCUCCAGGACCAGUCGCUGUGGUGGAUUUUUGUGACCAUGUACACCGUCUUCGUGCUGUUUGCCGUCUUCUGGAACAUCUUUGCCUACACCCUGCUGGACUUGAAGCUGCCGCCUCCUCCCUGAGGGCUGGAGGCCCGAGGUGGGGGAGGGGAGGGAAAAGCAGCACCCACAGGCAGCACCUGUGAGGUUUUUUCUCAUCACCAGCUCAGCUAGGCCAGGCAGGCGAGGACAGAAGACUCCGGGCUGCUGUAAUGUGUGUGUUUAGAUUUGGACGGACAGUGGAGACCCUUUUCUGAAAGGCACCUGG